UGAUGUCUGCCUAGAUACUAACUUUCAUGGCAGUGUCUGGCAAGAGCUGCCCUGGAAGCCAGCUUUGACCUUUGGAGUACAUCGCAUGAUGUUUUCCAAGCUGACUAUAUACUGCCUAAUUGGGUCUAAGUAGCUCGAUAUUAACUCCAGUGUAUGCAGGCUAAUCUCGGAUUCAUAGGCAGAAAAUUGAGAUCUCCUUAUAGUUGUGAUCAGUUGAAUUUUGUUACUGGUGCUGUUGAUGAUGGCAGUUUGAUUCUGGAGGAUCCAUGAUGAAAUUAAGCUGGGCUUUGGAACCGCAGAGACCUGGGUUUGAAUCCCCUGACAUUGAGGUUGGAGGAGCAGUUACCCACCUUUCUGAAGUUUGAUUUCUUGUAAAAUGGAAUUGUAAUCCUGUUUAAUCACCUCUUGUGCCUGAGGUACUGAGAAGGAAUGGAUAGAAGAUGCCAGGCUGAUGGGAGGAGGAAGUAAAUUCAAGGGGACAAAUCCUCAUUCCAGUAAGGGCAUCCUGUACUUUAAAGAUGGCAAAACACAGACCCAGUUUCCUCUCUGUGCUGCUGCUGCACCACCAGCCUCUCAAGGUGAAAGAACUUGUCCUGGACAAUUGUCGGUCGAAUGAAGGCAAAAUUGAAGGCCUCACAGACAAAUUUGAAGAACUGGAAUUCCUAAGUACAAUCAACGUAGGCCUCACCUCAGUCGCCAACUUACCAAAGUUAAACAAACUUAAGAAGCUCGAACUAAGCGAUAACAGAAUCUCAGGGGGCCUGGAAGUAUUGGCAGAAAGGUGUCCGAACCUUACGCAUCUAAAUUUAAGUGGCAACAAAAUCAAAGACCUCAGCACAAUAGAGCCACUGAAGAACUUAGAGAACCUCAAGAGCUUAGACCUUUUCAAUUGUGAGGUAACCAACCUGAACGACUACCGAGAAAACGUGUUCAAGCUCCUCCCACAGCUCACAUAUCUUGAUGGCUAUGACCAGGACGACAAGGAGGCCUCCGACUCCGAUGCUGAGGGCUAUGUGGAGGGUCUGGAUGAUGACGAGGAGGAUGAGGAUGAGGAGGAGUAUGAUGAAGAUGCUCAGAUAGUGGAAGAUGAGGAAGACGAAUAUGAAGAGGAGGAAGGGGAAGAGGAGGAUGUGAGUGGAGAGGAGGAGGAGGAUGAAGAAGGUUAUAACGACGGGGAAGUCGACGAUGAGGAAGAUGAGGAAGAACUUGGCGAAGAAGAAAGGGGUCAGAAGCGAAAACGAGAACCUGAAGAUGAGGGAGAAGACGAUGACUAAGUGGAAUAACCUAUUUUGAAAAAUUCCUAUUGUGAUUUGACUGUUUUUACCCGUAUCCCCUCCCCUCCUCCAAAUCCUGUCCCCUGAAACUUAUUUUUUUCUGAUUGUAACGUUGCUGUGGGAAUGAGAGGGGAAAAGUGUACUGGGGGUUGCUGGGGGGGGGAGGGCGGGAGGGGGUGGAAUAAAAUACUAUUUUUACUGCCACUCUUUAUUUUUCCCCCUCCUUUUUCUUUGUGUCUGGUUUUGUCCCUGUAAAUGCAAUAGCUGAGUACACACCAAGUGAGCAUUUGUUCCUUACUCUCAAAGAGGAUGGUUUGGAGGUCUCUUACAUUUCCUGGUAUGUCCCAAGUCCCCAGAGUUGGUUUGAAAGCCAUGCUGGCCUCAGUCUGGUCACUCAGAUCCUGGGAGAGGCUGAAUACCAGCUACACCGCUAACUCUUGCUUUGGCUCAUGUGAUUUCUGUGUUUCUUGGGCCUGCUAGAGGCAUCCAGCGCCCUGGUUUGUAAAUAGCAACCUAAAGGCGUAUUUUGGCACUGGUUUGGGGACAUUCCCCAUCUCUCAUCCCUUUUUCCCCUUCACAGAUGGUGGUGGGCUUCGCUUUUCAAAGAGGACUCGGUGGUACUCUUGAGCUGUGAGCCCUCAAGCGGAGAACAGCAGGCUUAUGAAUAAUAAGUGAAAUGGGUUUGGUGAUUAUAAUUAGAAGAAACAAACCCUCAAACUUCAGCCUCUUUAAAAGAAAAAAAAAAACUGUCCUAUCUUGUUCUGUAAAAUAUUAGAACGCUUUGUUUUAUGAAAAUGACAGGAUAAUUCUUCCACGUGUACUUCCGUGCUUAGAACAUUUUUACAGACCUGAGCGCUGGAGACGUGGCUGCAUGUCGGCUGGGUUUUUUUCAUACACCCAAGCACGGAAAAACUAAUGCAAAAUUGUAUUUUCUUACCUAGUGGAAGUCUGAAAUGACUGCAAAUUCCUAGUGAAUGUACAGGUUUGCUUUCGUGUCCCUCUUCUGGAUUGCUUUAGAAGUGACGUGUUAUUUCCUAACCCAUGUUUCAUCUGUAUAAAAGAACAUCUGCACCAGUUUUUCUCCUGCCCCUCAGAAGAGCCAAACUUUGAGUUUUAUGUCUGUUUGUCAUUGAUAAAUUUCAAUAAAUCUUUUUAUACAA